AUGACCAUCACACAAGUCCCAGUGACAAACCCGAGAGACAACCCGGAUAAUGCCAAUUUGCCAACGUCCAACCAGCCUGCCACCAUCAUAGGAACUACUGUUGCUUUCCUAAGCAUAGCAUUCCUUACCCUGAGCCUACGAUUAUGGGUCCGUAUCAAAGACCGUCUUUGGGGCUGGGAUGACAGCUUUGUCGUCCUCGCAGGUAUCGCGAGUUUUUGUGGUGACAUUAUAGUGUGCAUAAUGCCGGGUGAUGGCCUGGGUCUACACCUGUGGACACUUGAUGCUGAGCAUCUCAUGUUGUAUUUCAAGCACAUCUAUUCCACCAAUGCGGCAUAUUGUGCUAGUGCCACUCUGAUUAAGCUCGCCAUCCUCUUCCAGUAUUUACGUCUAUUUGCUGAAGCUGCGCCAUCAACAACUACGAAUGGAUACCGCCUCGCCAGGCGCCUCAUCUGGGGAAUGAUUGUAAUCUGCACACUAUGGGGAUUGACAUUCUUCCUGCUAGCAGUCUUCUCGUGCCGCCCCAUAGCCAAAAAUUGGAACAUGAAUCUUCCGGGCCGAUGCAUCGGUUGGGGUUCCAAAGAUCCUGCCAAAUUCUUUCCCAUGUUCCUUGGCCAUUCUGUUAGCAAUCUAGUACUCGACACCAUGGUAUUGCUCCUGCCUGUUCCGUUCAUCACUGCAUUAAGGAUCGCAGGUAAGAGCAGAGCGGGACUGAUUGGUCUAUUCAUACUGGGGUCCACUGUUGUAUUCGUGGCAUUGGGCCGCUUAAUCACUCUCGUAGUCAACCGUGCCGGUACUCUACCCAACCUUGAUAUGUCAUUCCACACACCGGUCGUGUACAUCUUUGCCGUUCUCGAGGUCAAUUUUGCCAUCAUCACCGCUUCGAUUCCGAUAUUCUGGCCAGUUAUAGCAACGCUGGCAUCCAACAAGAUCUUCGUCGUCAACGAAGUUGAGAUACAUGUAGAGGAUAUAGCGAGGCAUGAAAGCUUUGACUCGAGCGGCGCCAUCAGCUUGCCCGACAGAAAAGGCACGCCAAGCGGAGACAGCAAGAAUGGCAUGGUGACUACAAUACUGGACCACAUUCCUCGCAGGUCGGGAGAAAAACUUAGCAGCAGCGACCACGGGCGAGACGACAGCGCCGCUUCAUCCAUCAACCAGCCCAUGGGGACGGGCUUCGUAGGACGCAAGGCAAGCAAUGCUUCGACGAUGGGGCGGUCUUUUGCAGAGCUUGGGUCGCGGCCGAGUCAAGAUUCGUCACGCCACCUAUACCAAGAUCACAGUUCCAAAAACCUAACGAAGAACAACGGCGACGACUGGUUUGCGGAGAUGGACAGGUCAACCCGCACGGGCCGGUAA